AUGGGAUCCUCGAUGAAGUCUCAAAGACAAGACCGAGAAGCCGUCCACUAUAACGAAGAUCCUCUACCUCCAAGUCCUACAAAUGCCACCCAGGUCAGAGCGAAUGAAGAGCCCCAGUCCGACCUAUCUCCAACAGAGAUGACAGAAACCUUCUCCGAAGACAGAGAGGAGAGCCAUGAGUCAUCUGAAGACAUGGAAGGAGUUGUCCUAUCCGAAGAGUCUACCCAAAGCAUGGCGAGAGAAUCAACUACUGCCCAAAUUUCCGAAAGAGAUCCCGAAAAGGAAUUGAAAAGUCUUUUUUCUAACAUGGAAAGCAUUCAGGACCAGCUUGAGGAAACAAGACUAGAGCUAGCCAACUCGUGUGCGGAACGUAAGGAGUUAGUUGAAGUGCUUAACGAUCUUCGGACCAGAGUCCAGCCAGCUGGCCGCUUCACGGACCGUGAAAUCAUGGGGUUUGUAAAGCAAUUAAAAUACAGCAUUUCCAAUCUCGCCGAGCAGUGGCCUGAGACUGUGCCUCCAAAGAGCACGUCGAUGCAUCACAAGUAUCUGCGCCACCUCCAGUCAAUCACCCCAGAGAGCUCAGACUACCGCCGACUACUGCAGAAUGAAGAUAGGCGACCGCAACUAGUGGAAAGUUUCAUCUGGAAGGUGUUGACCACUGAAGUCUUUGGGCUAUUCCACUGGGCUGGUGAGUCCGUGGCUCCUCAUAUUAGAGGCCUCCAGUUGUUCUUGACGACCGAUCUAGGCUCGCCUAGACCCAGUGACGUCCAGAUGUGGACUUCGAAGACAACUCAGUUAUUCUCUGAAGCCCUCAAUUCCCGAGGAGGUGAUGAGAAGGAACAGAACAAGCUCUAUCUCGAGCGCAUCAGGAACCAAAUUACUUCACUUAUCAUUGAGACUCUGGGGUUAUCAGUGAACUCUAGUGACAGUGUCGCUGAGCAGCUCGAUGAUAUCCUGCAGGGCGCCAUUGACUUGGACAAAAGGUUCUGUCAACAGGCUGCUGGAUGGGAAUGGAAGUAUUUAUAUAAGAGUCAUCAUGAGGAAGGGUUGGUUUUCGACGGCGACUGCAUGGUCUUGGAUCAAGCCGAGCGCUUUUGUUCUGAUAAAAAGACUGAGACUCAGGCGGUGGUGAAGUUCGUCAUUUCGCCGGCCCUAGUAAAGCGAGGUGAUGGCGAUGGCGUUAAUGAGGGGCUGGAAACUACUGUGAUAAAGAUGGGAGUUUCAUGUCAGGACAUUUAG